AUGAAAGCAUUUUUCAAGCCUCCUAAUGGUCACCCCAGGGCAGAAAAUUUGGACAACUUCGAAAACCAAGAUAUAGAAGUAUCAGCCAGUGGCUACAGCAAGCUGAGAUUGAAGUCUUGUUCUGAUCCGUACCAUCCGCGUUCGAAGCGUUCUGUCACUGAAAAAGAGCAUCUAGAUAUUUUAAAGACUCUUACCAAAGAUAGCAUCUUGUUUAACGAUAACGAAAAAGUAAGCUGGUCGGAUGUGGGUGGAAAUGAUAUGAAAACAAGACCUCUGUAUGAACUGCUACGCUGCCUGGUUGGAAAAACCGUUCAAAAACGAGAACUUGCUUAUUGUGUAACCGACUUACAUCGCUUAAUUCGCAAUGAUAAAAGCGCACUAAAAGCGAUCACGAAACUCGUUCAAAACCGGAAUCACCAAAACUUAACUUCUUGGAGUGUCUGUGUAUCUGCUCUUGCUGCUCAUGGGAAAUACGAAGCUCAAAACGCUCUAGCUGAUGCGGUCGACCCGAGCAAGCCAAGGUCUCUCAGCUUUGAAGAAUAUGAAUCGUUGCUGGUUGCAAUAUAUUACUUACCAACCGGACCACUGCAUUCUAAUCUCUUUGAUGCCCUUUUGAAGCUGGCAUUUGACUAUACAAAAGAAGAAAGCAUCACAGCUACGGCAAUGAUGGUUUUAGCCGGCCUUUCAGAAAGAGCGAGAAAGGCAGGAUAUAAUGAGACUUUGAGUAAAAGCGUUGUAAAUGUCAUUUUUGACAGGUACAAAAACAAAUCAACUAUCUACCAUCCUGACAGUGUUGAUUAUGAAAUGCAAUUAAGAGACCACAUCUGGGCGUUUGGGAAUCUUGGCCAUCAUUCCGGACUUCCGGUAAUCCUGGACCACCUUGACCAUGACGACUCUAGCAUCCGAUCAGCGGUUAUCUCAGCAAUGCGCAAAAUGCCUCAAGAGUUCACAGAUCAUCAUCUGAUAAAAGUCUUGCACCAUGACGAACAAAGUGACGUCAAGGCGGCAGUUGUCAGUGUGUUCAUAGAGCGCCACCAGAAUUUAAGUGAUAUUGUAGUCGAAGGCUUAGAGCAUGCUAUGUGGCAUGCUAAAGAGGGAGAGGCGUUAGAUUCAGCAAUACGCGUUUUCCUAGAAAACCAUGGUAAUGAUAGCAAAGCAAAGUACUUACGUAUAAGGCGUAGCUUGAUCAAUCGCCGCAAAAGGGCAUUGAUACCAGCACUCCGCCCUCGAGAGUUCAACCUAGGCCAUUCAAAACACUGGGGUAUGAUUGUGGGAGGAGAAUGGUUGGGAGCUGAAACUGCGGUUGACUUUUCUAACAAACUUAGCCUGCGAAUUGGAAUUUUUGACGGGAAAGUUGAAGUUAAUCUUGAUAAUUCUGCACUAUUUCAAGGUCAUAUUCUCAAGCAUAGUUUUGACAUAGGGAGAGGUAAAGCCACCUUUAGGGCAUCAGCAAGCUUCAAAAACGACAUUCCUAAAGACCUCAUACAUACUGUUGUUGAUGCUGGUGACGAUCUUUCUAGGCAGUUCGACAGUAUUACAAGCGUCAUCACCAAGCACAUAGAGGAGUUUAGAAAGAAACUUGAAGGAGUAAUCCCAUUAAGCGUGGACGAGUUUACAGAAUUUGUCAACAGUAUUGAAAUUUUUUUGCAGAACUUAAAACUUCCAUUACAAGCAGUUAAAAGUACCAGAAAGGUUGUUAGUUAUUCGAAAGAAAUGCGUGCUCAUGUAAACAGAUGGAAGUCACUAAAAGAAAAAAAUUCUAAAAUACAGCGAAAUCUGGUAGAAAUUAGAAGUUUUGACGUUCCAUUUAAGAAAGCUCUUGACACCUUGGAUUGGGGUCUUGGAGUUGCUAUUGGGGUACGGAAAUACCUGCCAAACAAUUUACCUAAAGGAUUCAGCAUAAAUAAACUUCUUCACAUCCUCUGGAAAACUUCCGCCAGUCAACAAAAAGCAAAGAUCAAAGAAUAUUUUCUCAUGUUGGGGUCGUCUGUUCCUGAUGAAUUCAUUUCACAUCUUCCAUUCACUCUAACUCAUCAAUUUUCCUUUUCACUUGAGAAGUUUCAAGAGGUCUUAAAUAGAUUUCAGCGAUUUAGCAGCAAUGUUCUGCACAUGUCAUAUUUGCUGGACUCCUUCAAAGACGUAACACUACCUGUAUUAAAGCUGCGUUUCCUUAAACGGCGAGCCCCAGCGCUAUUACAAAACAGAUUUAAUUUUGGACUCACUUUUGACUGGAGGAUUAGCUUAAAAUUCAAUCUCCAGUUAAAUUCUACUGAUUUUCGGAAAUUAGCUGCAAUUCUUGGUAAUGCUGCUGAUUUUUUUGAUCUGUUUACAAAUGCUACUUUUGAUCUCGAAGAGUUCUUUCGAGAAAUCUUGCCUGGCGGAAAAUAUGAUUUGGAAAUUUACUUUCCUGAUCUGUUGAGAAAAGAAGAAUCAAAGAAAAUAAAUCAUUUUGAUUCUGCCGGCGUUUUACAAGCAUUUCUUUUGGCGUUAACAACUCAAUUCAACUCACACAUGUCGAAUGUGUCUGAUAUCAGUGCCAUUAUAAACUUCUUUCAAGAACUUGGACCCGCUAUCACGCAAUUUCUUGAGGGGAGUAUCCAGAAGACCUGCGGAAUCCGCAAGUCGGUAUUGGACUUUUUUAAUGAGCAUAAAAACUUCCAAAGGGAAGGGAUCUCUGAUCUAAAGGAAGUUGAGGAGGCAGCUAAAAUGGCCCUUAAGGAAUUGCAUAACUUUACAAUGCUGGUGGAAAAUUUGGUAGACAAAGUAGAAAGUAAUUUCACUGUUAUUGCCAAAGAAUUACUUUCAGCCUCAAUGCAGGAACUUACCGUUAAAAUGGCCUUUAUUAAGGAUCUAGCCAAUAAUAUCUCGACGUUUACAAAUGGUACUCAAUCGGGAGUGAGUGGGUCAUGCACCAAAGCUUCAAGAUUCUCAGUCGACGUAAUCGAUGAGGUACAAGCUAGCGUCCGUCAGACACUUAAAGAGCUUAAGUCUUUUACUGGACCUGUGGCGAGUAAGAUGAAGACAGCUGGAACAAACGUAAGACUUGCUGUUACGAACGUGGAAGCUUGGUACCAGGAAAAUAUGGCAGGUCGCGACGGAAAGAUUUCCGGCGUUGCUCAAAUUCUAUCAGACUUUCUUUCAGUUCUAGGUACGAAAAAGGGUUUUGUUAACAACGUUGAAGAAAUAGCUUCUUCCAUCAACAAAGCGUUUAAGCAUCUAAAAAAAAUUCCACAAUUCACAUCCAAGACAAGGAAAACCGUAAACGAGGUCAUACAUUUUGCAGAUAGAGCCCAAGAAUAUACCGAUGAAAUUAGGAAGCUUGAUUUGCGAAAACAGUUUGGAACUGACUUCGACAAAGCAAUAACGCGUACUUGUAGUGAGUUUCAGAACAUCGCUACCAAAACUCUGAAGAAACUCAGACACUUAGAUGUGGGGAAAGAGGUUAACUCCAUUUUUAAACAAGAAUCCAACAUAUUUAUUUACAGGGCUUCAUCAAAUCUCAGAGCGGUAAUAGUUUCUGUGAGCGAAAUUCAAAUGGAGGUGAAAAAAAUCCGCUCUAUAAUCACUGAAUUUAGCGCAGUUCUACGCGAUUUAAAGCCAUUUAACAAGAAUCUUUUGCCCUUAAGUGCAAUUUUACAAAAGCUACCAGAUUGUAAGGAGAUUGAAAAAACGAUUUUGGAUAAUAAUAGGUUUUGCGUUCAUAAAGCACAAGUUUUUGGUAGAACCUUAUCACAUCAGUACAAAGACUUAAAAGCUGAAAUAGAGGUACUCAACAACCUGGUGUCAGAUGUGUGGAAGAACUUUAAAAUCCAGAAAUGUUUAAAUGGUGGUAGUUGCAUUUCCAAAGUUUUCAUAGAACAAGGAAAAGUUGUGAAAAAGAAAGCAAACUCUAUAAAAGUAAAGCUUGACGAAGUUAGUGGAUACUCUGAAUCACUUAAAACAUGUGAAGAAAAUGUAGACACCAUAACGGCAGUGUUUCACGUCAUAAAGCUAAUUGCUGAAGAGGUCCGCAACUUGACUAACAGAGAUAGCUUCCAGAGAGUAAGGGCCUUGUUGCAAAAAACCGCAGGUCGAAAGCCGGGAAAAAGUGAAAAUUACCGUCAAAAAAGGGACCUCAAAAAUGAAAAAGCUGCAAAUGAUCUAAUCUCUGACUAUAUAAAAAAAGCCAGGACGACCAACAUUAAAUUACAAGCUUUUCAAGAAAGUACGUUUCACACGCUGCGCAGCGUGCAUGACGACGCUAUAGACAGGCACGCUAAAACACUCGUAACUUUACGUUCCAGGCUUCAGCUUUCUUAUCAACUGUGGCAGAAAAGUCGAAAUGUGGACAAGGCUCUGCGGACCUUAGAAAUCGCUUGUGAAAACGCAAUUAGAUUUGCCGAAAAGUUCGAUCAAGUGGCUUCUUUGGUUGCAAACCCAACUAUCAGCUUGCUGACUGGUACAGAAGAGAUCACUGAACGUGUCAAACCCUUUCUUGACCAGUAUAAAUCAGAGGCCAGUGAAGCUGUUGCUAAAGUGAACGGGCUUGUAGACAAAACCAGCGAUUUUUUAAACAAGAUUCAAACUAGACAGAGAGGUUUACAUCCCAGCGAGUAUAAGCGAUGGCAAAGCAUACAUUAUUGUUCUAAAGACGUCUGCCUGCGUUCUAUUAGAAGAUCAUCAAACCUUUAUUUGUCGACCAUUUUUCGUUGGAAAUUUCCCCAUCUUGAUGAUCUUUCAUCCAUGCCGAAGGCCGGUCGCUGGUUAACUCCCGGGUUGUUUGAUGAUUAUAAAGUGCAAGGAAUUUCUGAACUUUCCAAUAACCAAAUGGUGCUUGGAAUGUAUGGUGUUUCAAGUAAUGAAGAAAAAGCAUCUCUCCUUGUUGUCACAAACUUUGGCGGGGGUGUGAAGAAAAUCGUUCAACUUUUUAAACAAGGCCAUCCUUUGCCGGUAAAAAUCGGUGGUGUUGCCCUAGCUAGAAAUUACAUAUGGGUGAGUAAUUACAAAAGCAAUGAAAUCAUUUCUAUCAAAAAAUCCCUUUUUCAAUCCACUUUAACCUCAGCUAAACCUUCUCGGAUUGAUAUCUCAAAGAGAGAAAUUGUUAAAGGAACGGCGACAUCUGUUUCUUAUGAUACAUUAAGCAAUAUCUUGUGGAUUACCAGUGAUGAAGAAGGGAAGGCGUAUGGUUAUAAACUUUCUGCAAACGGUGACAUGCCUUCUUCUGGCUUAGCUCUAUACAGAGUAAUUUACAUAGGAAAAAACGUAAAAGGAAUGAUCAUUGUGAGGCAAUCUGGUGGGGAGUACGCAUGCAUCUCAAGAUGUGCACUAAUUGCUGGAUUUCAAUGCAGACUUGAGUUUCACGACCUUAACGGAGGCGACACAACGAGUGAAAACACUCUCGCAAGAGUGGUGCGAACUCCUUCUGGCUUAGAAUCUGUCACAAGAAUUGAUAACGAGGUGAUUGCUGUUGCGUUUUCAAGCGGUACCCUCGCUGAGAAAGAGAACGUAGAACUCACAGGUGGAGACUAUGAAGACAGGUACUUCAAACUGAGGCUGCCAAUCUUAAAGACUAUGUUAGCAAUAAACGAAAAUUGCCUUUACUUCAGAUUACUCGGUGACAACAUUUUACGUCCACGAAAAAUUUUUCCUAUUGGAGAUGUUAAAUGUGGGUCAAAACGCAAGCGAAGUAUCUUUGAACAGCUAAUGGAAUCAGAUGUCUAUCACGAAAGACUUGAAGAAAUUCAUCAUUCAACUAUUAGGAUACGAAGAAGCCUUGCAGAUGUAGCCUACUGUAAGAGCAUAAUGGAGGCGACGUUGUUAAGCAAUUCUGUUACUUUUUUUAGCGUGGAAUUAACUAUCUCUGUGUUUGGAAUACCUAUUAGUUUUUUUGCAGGAGCAAGUGGCCAUUAUAGUGUUGGUUACAAGGCAGAAUUGUGUAUGAAGAGCAAAAUGAUUAAACUGGGCCUUAUACCAGGGGCGUGGGUUAGAGCUUACGCCGGUGCAAGCUUGUCGCUUGUAUUAAUUAAAGUUGGGGUUACCGUUGAAGCUAGACUGCUCGAGACCUAUCUAGUACCGACAUUAAGCGUAGAAGUUAGCCAGUGGCCCGUGCAAGCAUGUAUCGAACUGAAACUGGCCAUGACACCUCUUAGCAUAAGAGUAUACCUUUGGUAUAGAUUUAGAUCGGUUGAAGUCGAUGCUUGGAUUAUUGGAAUAGACAUUUCCUUCGGCUGGGGGCGAGAAAGAGUAUUUCAAGAAUGGACGUGGUCAAAACAGCAAAUAGAGUUAACUAUGUUCACUAAUUGCGAGAGAAAAAAAGAUAUGACGCGCCCAAAAGUCGGACGUUGUAAAGCACAGCAGAUAGCAGACAAGACAUACUUUGUUCAGUGGCAUGGAUUUCAUGAAGACACAAUGAUUAAAUCCUACUUUGUCAAUAUCGGAUCUAUAAAAGGCUCGGGUGAUGACUUCUCUACCUGGGCUGGUAUAUCACGUAGCUUGGUGGUCAAAGAACUUUCUAUCAUGCAUACCAGAAACGUAUUUAUAAGUGUCAUGGCAACGAAUGAAGAAGGGAUGGACAGCUCUCUGGCUUACUGCUCAUUAUUCCAAGCAAGGAGGAAGAGUCCACAAAUUCGUUUUGUUCGUGACGGUACUAUACAAGAAAAAGAUGUUGAUUAUCAGUCCGAUACACAUUCCUUGGCAGUAAAUUAUGCUUUUAAAAGUGAUUUAAGUGAGGUUGUAAAUCUGAAAUGGGGAGUUUCUUCGCAGGCCCUGUGCACGUUUGACGAAUCAGAGACAAACGUCGUACCAUUGUCAUCCCUUGGAGAUUAUAGCUCUAUUCAAGUAUCUGGCUUAAGUCUUCAACAUGGAAAAAAAUACUUCACUCGUGUGUAUGCGAUGAAUCAAGUUGGACUAAAGGCAGUUAUGUGCAGCGAUGGUGUCUUAAUAGACAUAACUCCACCAAUACCAGUAUCAUUUCAAGACGGUACUGGGGAUGUCGAUGCUCAGUUUAUUCCAUCAGUAUCACGUGCCCGUGGAAAAUUUCAACCGUUUAAUGAUCCAGAGAGCCCAAUGAUAGAGUAUGAAUGGAAGAUUAAGGCAAACAUGUCUGGAAAUUUUAAAGAUAUCACUCCAUUCGUCAGAAUACCUCUGACCCAACAGGAACCGCUAAUGGAAGGCCUCUCUCUCACUCCUGGCACUUUAUACAGGCUUGUACUUCGUGGAACUAAUGCAGCGGGGCUUCAAUCAAUAAUUGAAACGAAUGGAUUCAAACCAGACGUUACACCACCUUUUUGCGAAGGAAAUGUAGUCGACGUCACGAACGAGACUGACACAGAUGACGUAGAUGUUGCGGGAGAUUUAGAAAUCAUUCAAGCAAAGUGGAAGUGUUUUGAUCGUGAAAGCGGCAUCAACUCUCAAAGUUUAGGUAUAGGAACAUACCCGGGGGGUGAUAACCUAAAAGCAUUUGAAGAUGUAACGUUCUUUUCGCAAACCAUAGAGAAAAGUGAAAUGUUCUACGUAAAGUUUUACAACGUGACAAUUCUACCAAAAGUUCGAUAUCACGUCACAGUAAGAAUUAUCAACGGGGCCGGCCUGAGGAAAACGAUCACAUCAGACGGCAUUUUGGUUGAUAUAACUCCCCCUACUGUUGCGUCUUAUUAUAUCAAAGAUGGCGAAAGUGGAAAGGACAGAAACUUUACCAGUGAACGUUUCACGUUUACGGCACAUUGGGAACAAGCCUUCACCGAUGCUGAAAGCGGAGUGGUUGAAUAUCGUGCUGGACUCGGAACAAAACCUGGAGUAGCUGAUGUUAAGGCAUUGCAUGUUUUAGGAUCGCAAACCAAUGUGACAGUAUCAGGACUUCUCCUAGAAAGCGGUCAGGUGUAUUACAUGACAGUUGUUGGUUGUAAUGGGGUGGGUAUGUGCGUCAACGCCAGUAGCAACGGUAUGACCGUUGAUUUUGUUCCUCCUAAUCCUGGAAAGGUAAUCACGGGACUAAAAGGGCCUCCAGUUUUAUAUCAGUGGAUAUCAAAGUCCGUUUGGGCGCGGUGGAAAUGGUGCUCCGCGGAUGAGAGAAGAAGUCAAAUUCUCUUGAAUUCCAGCAGGUGUAGCGAAGACAGCUUCUAUGACAUACACAGUGGAAUAAGCAUGUUUAGUAUAUCGGUAAUUUCUCAAGAAAAUAAAAAGCUUCUUAGUCCUUUUAGGCCAGUCGGGACUCAGAGUUAUAGUGGCCGUAGUAUUAGCAUGGACGAUGGAGUGUACUCAGUAGCUAUUGAAGCCACAGACAAAGCAGGUAUUACCUCCCAAGGUUUUUCAAACACAUUUAUUGUUGACAGCAGUCCCCCGUUAAUAACACUUGUACAACAUGGAUAUUUUGGUGAAACAGUGGAAUUUGUGAACACCACCGUUAUCAAGUUUCGCUCUUAUUUUAUUCUCGAAGACGAUCUCUCUGUAAUAACAGCUUGCAAAAUUGGGGUUGGAACCUAUUCUGGUGCAGACGACGUCGUGAAAUUUCAAACGUUCUAUCUACGUAAACACACCUCAACGUUGCGUGCUAACUGGACUUCCUCUGUGCCAACAACUCUGGAAAACCACAGACGUUAUUUUAUCACCGUAUUAGCCAGAAACAGUGCCGGCCUUUUAACAAUAAAAUCCUCUUUUCCCAUCUUAUCUGAUUUUGAAGCUCCUAAAUAUGGAUUGGUAAUGGAUGGAUGGGGCCCCAGCGAUACUGAAUAUCAAAGCUUCUCAUCUCUUUACCGAGCACACUGGUAUGGGUUUACGGAUUUCUCGGGAAUUGAAACCACAUAUUUGGGUUUGUCCAGUAAAGCAGGUGGUAGCUGUGAUGUAAAACAGGAAGAACUGGUGCCGAGUAAUUCAGUCGCUUACGUUUUGUUUGGAUUAUCUUUGGCUUCUGGGAAGAAAUAUUACGCAUGUCUCAAACUUGUGGACAGAGCAGGAAAUGUUGCGUAUUUUCAUUCCAAUGGUGUAGUGGUCGAUUCCUCUCCUCCUCUGACAGGGUUUGUUAAUGAUGGGCCUUUGGACCAAGAUGUCGACGUACAGACUGAUAGUUCAGUUCUUAGAGCUUCUUGGGCCAACUUUUCAGAAAACGAAACAACGAUCGCGUCAUAUCAUCUGGCGUUUGGAUCAGCUCCAGGAGCCCAAGACAUCCAAGAUUUUACAAACGUAGGACUGGUUAACACAUCACCAAGUUCACGACUUAAGGUUCAAGAACUAAUAAAUGGCGAACGCUAUUACGCGACAGUGAUAGCUUAUAACAUACUCGGAAUACCCAGCUCCAUGGUCUCUUCAAACGGGGUGUUAGUGGAUUUCACACCUCCGAUUUUCUCUCAGCCAACUCGCGAUGGUGAAGAUCCCAUCAGCGAUCGUAAUUACACUUCUCAGAGCUACUUGAAGGCAACAUGGACCUGCCUAGAUCCAGAAACUAAUGUUUCAUCAAUUGAAAUUGCCUUUGGUUUGCAGCCUGGGCAAACAGACGUUGUUAAUUUUACAAGCCUCUCGGUUUCACAAACUUCGUUCAUAAUCGGUCACAAACUAAAGCUGGGUUAUCGGUAUUUUGCCACUGUUCGAUGUACGAACAAACUUGGCCUCGCAGUUGUUUCUUUCUCGAAUGGCAUUGUAUAUGACGAUACCCCUCCCACUUUAGUUUACCUGAAAGAUGGUGACUAUCAGAGCUCAAACAGGACAUUACUUAUAACGCUUAAGUUUGUUGAUGCAGAAAGUGGUGUCCAUGCAUAUAAAGCGCAAGUGUGGACACAUUCUGCUGGCUCUUCGCUGGAUUCAUAUGGCUCAUUUACAAUUCCUGUUAACGUUACCAGUGCAACGUUACAGCUUUAUAAAGAACUUAUUACUGGGACAACAUAUUACGUUAACGUGACAGCUGUGAACGGCGUUGGCUUGGAAGCAACACAGCAGUCAGACGGGUUCAUCGUUGAUAUGACACCUCCGGCAUGCUCCAAGGUUUGGGAUGGAAAUGCUGAUUCUGAGGAUGAACAGGAAUUUGCUACCAGUUCAAGUCAAUUGAAAAUAUCCUGGGUGUGUUACGACAACGAAUCGUCUAUAACACAGUAUCGAUUUGCGGUUAAAGAGGUGUAUAAAUCAGAAUAUCUAUUUCCAUUUCACGCUUUGAAAUCACGCGUUAACUCUUCCGGAUCGGCAGUUAUCACGGGUGAAGGCCGAACUACCAGAGAAAUUUUGAAAGGUCACAUUUACAGUAGUGGAAUUGAGAUCGAAAAUUCAGUUGGUAUGAAAACAGUUUACUGGACAAAUGGCGUCACGAUUGACAACACAUCUCCUUUACUUUUUGGUCUUCAUCUCACGCUUUUUUCUCAGAGGGAAUUACUUACAGCAGAUUGGUCAGUUAGUGACGAAGAAAGCGGCCUGAAAUCUCUAUCGUGGGGACUUGGGACAACUCCAGAAGCAAAUGACAUCAGAAACUACACAGUAAUCUCACCCAUAAACACAAAGGUAUCCGUGUUAACAUUCUCUUUUCCACAGGGGAUAACUUGCUUUUUGAAUUUAUUGGCGAUUAAUAACGCUGGAUUAUCAAGCAGAAGCUCGUCGAACGCUGUAAUCAUAGACCGCUCCGCCCCCGAUCCUGGAGUUGUAGCUGCAUAUUACGCUUUUCCGCCUAAUUAUGAUCGAAGCAAGAACAAAGUACCAAAUUCUACUCUUGCAGUUAGUUGGACAGGCUUUGCCGAUCUUGAAAGUGGAAUAAAAAUGACCAGUUGGGCUGUCGGAACAAAUCUUUUAAAACUGAAACGAGCGGACUCGGAUCGUUACACCAAAGUAGUUCCCAAAGAGUCUAUUGGCGGAGUCAUCAUUCGAAAUCAAACACUGUGGGGAAAUAGCACAUAUUUUGUCUGUGUACGAGUGACAAAUGGAGUUGGACUUCAUAAAACAGAUUGCUCGACAGGAAUGCUGAUCAUAUUGGGUCAACUUUCGGCUGGUGUGGUAAGUGACGGUCCAAUAACCUCAGCGGAUGACAUCGACUUCCAGCUGGACGACAAAGCAAUUUGGGCACAUUGGGAUGGUUUCGAGGACCCGGUGUAUGAUAUCCAAGGUUAUAAUUGGUGUAUCAGAGAUCACCCACCAAGUUUUCCUGGGUCAGAUAUAUGUAAGUGGACUUUCACAGAAGUCGCCCAUUUGAAAACAAGCGCUAGCCGCUUUCACAACCUGACACUCUUGCAUGGAAACAAAUAUUUCGUGACAGUGAAGGCUGAAAACACCAGAGGCAAUACCAUAAUGUCGUCUUCAGAUGGUGUAGUUAUAGACCGGACACCUCCAAUCGGAAAAGCAAUAAAGAUCUCACCAUCAUCAGGCAAGGAUACCUUGUUUAUAACCUCACAAUUGGCCCCUAUAGUUACCUGGUCGAUUGAUGAUCCAGAAAGCGGUAUCAGCCACUUUACUAUCGCCAUUGGUAGCUUGCCUUUUCAGGAUGACCUCUUAUCUAUUCAGCAUGUUGACAGACUGAGUCACUCUAUAGAUUUAAACCUCGCAAACUUUACCGUUCAUGAAGGCCUUUCAUUUUUUGUAACUGUUACUGGUGUUAACAUGCUUGGAUUGGAGACCUCUCUAGUCUCACUGGAGGUCGUGAUGGACUGGUCACCCCCUAGUGUUGGUUCAAUCAUAGAAGGCAAACUGACUGAUCAACUGUCCCAAGCAUUAAACCACAGCGAUGACCAAAGAGAGGAAGCGACACUGUUUUGUCACUGGAGUAGAUUUCAAGAUUCUGAAAGUGACGUUAUGGAGUAUCGCUGGUGCUUGGGAACAUCACAAGGUAGGAACUGUAUAUAGUUUUUUAUUUAUAGUGGAAAACUGCAUUUAACAGAACCUCAUGUAAAACGAAAGACCGUAAUUCUAAGCUUUCUUUCCAUAUUUCUGUGAACGAACCUGAAUCACGCGGACACUGGCGAGCGUCCGGCGAACUUCAGUCUUAAGUAUAAUAAACUUAACAUUAAUUGGUUUGUAAACCCAAUUCUUUCUUUCAACGAUAUCGAUAGCACAUGUUACACUUGACAGCCGCAAAAUGACGGGUUAAACUUUCACCUUUUUGAAGAAAGGAAACUGUAUAUCAAGAAAAAGGUCACUGGCCAUUUACGAGAGUAAAAUACAGGAAGUAGGCACACUUAAGGCAAUCUUUAGCGCGCUCUAUAUAUCUGUCUUGGCGCUAAAUUGUGACAUAAAUCACUUUCGCGAAAAAUGGGCUUACAAACAAUUAUACAACCAGUCAGUGUUACACCAAACAUGUUCACCACUGCAACAAGAAAAAUCAUCAUCAACUAGCCCUUAUGCCUUUAAGAGUCGAUCAGGAAACCUUCCCUCCUAAAUUCGAGCUAUGUGGCUUCUGUCACGCUGAUCUCACAGGGAUGAAGCUCUUCAUUAACAGACUAUUUGUGGGUCUACUUCGUUUUUUAUUACGAGGAGACAAAUAAACUGUACCGAUCCGAAAAAUAUAAUACAAAGGUUAGUUUUAAGGUGUACACCCUUACACUCAUCAGCAACAGAAGACUUAAUGGUUCCUUUAUAUUUUUUCAGGCUCUUGUGACGUGAGAAGCAUGGUUUCAGCCGGAAUUGGCACAUACGUGGAACACACAAUCAUUCCUCAAGAGAACUCCCAGUAUUUCUUUACUCUCGAGGCAAUCAAUGGAGCUGGUCUUAAAAGAAAAACCACCUCUGAUGGCAUAAUAGUUGACACAUCUCCACCCGUGAUAGCGGGGAUCUAUCAUCGCGCCGAAAGGGAAGAACAGAAUGUGAAUCAAGCGAUUUUGCAAAACGACGGUGAGCAAUUAUCAUUUUAUUGGGAUGAACCCUAUGACGUGGAAAGUGGAAUUUCAUAUGUAAAGUGGUGUGCAGGUACAGCUAAUCAUUUAUGUGAUGUAGUUCCUUUGACGCUCAUAGAAGAUCCAAAAGUUACUUCACGAAACCACUACCUAUCUAGAUCACUGACUUCUGGUACAGUUGUUUUCAUGAUGCUAGCAGUCACAAAUGGAGUAGGUUUGAAAACGGAAGUAACUUCCCUACCUCUGCUAAUUGAUACCACACCACCAACGCCAGGGAACGUUACAGUAGGAAAUACUUUCGAAACCAAGUACUUUAAGAAUGGUGAUCUAAUUACAGCCAAAUGGACUGGUUUUGUUGAUAAUGAGAGUCAUUUGAACUACUUCGAGUGGGCCAUAUGCCAGGCAAGUAACACAGACGAAUGCCUUAGUCCGUUUGUGAAUGUAGGUAUUAGAACUAUCCUGGAGAUCGAUGCUCUCGGUCUUUCUUACGGCGUGUCCUACGUUGUAAUUGUGCGAGCCUUCAACAAGGCUGGACUGUUAACAGAAGCUGGCUCGAAUCAAUUUAUAGUAAAUGGGAAGGAACCAUCCACUGGAACAGUCUAUGACGGGAAGCAGAGAAGGAAGGACAUCGAAUUUCAAAGCUCUACCAGUCAAAUUUCAGCCAACUGGUCUCCAUUUCUUGACAGUGAAGGUAACAUUGUUGAGUAUAAAAUGUGUGUGGGAGGGAAACUAGGAGUCUGCGAUAUGGGUGACUUUGUUAGCGUCGGUAUUAAACUCAAAGGAAUAAUAAGCGGUCUAAGUUUGCAGCAAAACAAAAAAUACUUUGUGACCGUGCGAGCAACGAGUGAGUCAGGCUAUACAACAACAGCAACAUCCAAUGGAGUUACAGUCGAUAAUACGCCUGCUGCCAAAGGUAACGUAAGAGACGGUAACACACUUACAGAUAUCGACUACCAGGCAGAUAACAAAUACAUCUAUGCUAACUGGGAUGAUUUCAGGGACGAUGAAUCAGAAGUUGUAAGUUACACGUGGUGUGCAGGAACAAGAAAAGGUAUCUGUGACCUCGUCACGGAAACCGACGAAGGAGAUCGCACUAGUGUUAGUCAGCAGGUUCACCCGCCACUUCCCGAAGGAAUAGAGAUCUUCGUCACUGUAAACGCCUUAAACAACGCAGAGAUAUCCAGUAUUUCAUUUUCGGACGGAUUUCAAGUAGACAGCAGUCCGCCAGUUUUCUCAAAGGUAACUUUGUUUAACCCCUUUACAGUUUUCCUCCAAGGGUCAACUCUUAUUUUAUUUUUUUGAUUGCUAUUUUGCACGAAAUUUACAUUCAAAAUCUCUCCCGUAAGAGUUUUAGAAGUGUAUGAUUCAAUUUUAUUCAUAUCUCGUUAAGGUUCCCUAGAGUUUUAAAUUAGUUAUAGUGGUUAUAGCCGUCGUUCUUCAUUUACGCUUUCGUUCUUUUUGCUUCUCUUUCUGCUUCUGUUCUUGUUUCUUUUUCUUUGUAUUCUCUGUUAUCUACAGAUUGGUUCAGUUUAUACAGUUUGCAGUAUUUUUAUCAUUAUUUUUAAAGGUGGAGGACUUGCAGCUCAGUACAGGUAACAAUGACAUCGACUUCCUCACUGUCAAAGAAGACUACUGCGUUAAGUGGAGUGUCGCAGACGCUGAGAGUGGUAUACUCACAACUGAAGUGUCGGUGUGUUCUAAAAUGAACCCUGAGGACUGUUUGGUCAAGGGUCUUGACGUUGGCAAUCAAACAUCCAUCUGUAUAUCUGACCUUGAAUUCAAUGAAGGCUACGAGUAUGUUACCAAGAUUCGCACUGAGAAUAAGGUUGGGCUAUUCACAGAACUAUUCUCAGACGGGUUCGCAGUGGACACCACUCCUCCAUUCAUAGGCGAGGUUGUAUAUACUCACCACUCAUGGGCAUCUUUGAAGGGGACUGAAGUUUAUACACAUUCUCAAAUUGCUGUCCAGUGGGAUGGUUUCGUGGACCUGGAAAGUGGCAUUCAAGCGAGUUACGUCUGUCUUGGAACUAACCCAGGGGAAUGCAACAUCAAGAACUUUACAGACGCGAAGAACGAUACUUUUUUUAUUUUUGAAGACUUGCUGCUAAAUCAAGGAGAAACUUACUUUGUUUCUGUCAAGGUAGAGAACAAGGCUGGGCUGACCAGUGACGUUAAGCCAUCUGACGCGAUUGUUAUUGACAAGACAGGUAGAGUAAACAAUAGAUUCUGGCAUUAAAAACUGGUUAUCUUUAUCCCAUAGACAUUUGUAAUUAAAAACAAAAAAAAAAAGACGAAACUUGCAUGGUUUAUUUUCAUUUGAAGGUCUUACCAUAAGACAAAUCGGUUACGGUGUGUAAAACAAAGACUUCACAUUUUUCUUACCCUGUUUCUCAUUUUAUCUUAAAGGACCUUUUAAUGAAGGUGUUGUACGAGAUGGAAAUAUAAAAAGUCAAGAUAUCGACGUUCAACAAAGCAGAACAAAACUAGCAGCACACUGGUAUGCAUUUGAAGAUCUAGAAAGUGACGUCAUUGCUGUCACAUGGUGCGCAGGACUGUCAGCAGGUGCUUGUGACGUCGUCAAAGAAACGCAAAUGGACCCUGGUAGUACUUCUGUUGACAAAGUACUAACAAAGCCGAUCAUAACUGGUGAGAAGUAUUAUUUGACGGUCACAGCAACGAACGGCGCUGGCGUGACUACUUCAACUACAUCAGAUGGCGUGAUAGUUGACGAUACACCACCCUCAGCUGGUACUGUAAUCGAUGGAGUUGACUCAGAUGAGGAUUAUCUAAAUGGUGAAGAUGACAUCACAGCACAUUGGGUUGGCUUUGAGGACUUGGAAUCUGGCAUCGACUCUUAUGAAGUCGCUUUAUGUGAUUCUAGGAACUUGUCGUUCUGUAGUCAGCCAUUCACCGGGGUUGGAAAGGCAACCAACGUUACCUUCACAGGUAGGGAACUCAUAUUUGGAAUACAUAUCCAGUAGUAGGACAUCUGGUUUAAGCAAAUAUCUAACUGUUUUGGCAGCUGUGUUUGGAGUUCUCUAGAACAAUUACUAACUACAAGACUUAACCGCAAAAAGUAUGCAAAAUAUAAUUAUAAAUAUUUUUUGUGGGUGGCCUCUUGUAAUUUUUUAGCAAAGAAUAACUUACGUCAUCCAUCUAGCUAGGGGUCUUCAUAUUGAACACUGCGUUAGGGCCAAGCCAAAGGAGGGUGGUUUAAAUUACAAAAUCUAAAACGAAAAAAGUACGAAACGAGUGCUACAAUGAGUAAGAUAAGUACAAGUUGUUCAUAUAUUGAAAUCUGUAAUGUGGACAAAACACUUUUCACGUCUUAUUUUGACAGGUUUAGAUCUCCAAAGCGGCGCACAAUACAGGUUUAUCGUAACAGCCGUAAAUCGCGCUGGACUCAAAGUUGACGCUUUCUCCAACGGUUUUACGGUUGAUUUCACUCCUCCUACGAUAAGCAAAGCAUGGGUUGGAAAUGAGACCAGUAAUCUGCUGUACCAUUCAGAUUCCAGUCGGAUAACCGUAAGGUACCGAAACGUCAUUAUAACCUCCGCUGAAAGAACUGUUUAUAUAUAGUUAUAGACAAAGUGUAGGAAAGCUUGAUGAAAUUAGUUUGAGGAUUUUAAGAGAGAAUCUAUGAGCUUCUACGUAUUUCAGUCCAGUGUGAAGAAAAUCAGGAACAUAUAAGAUAAUGUGAGUCAAAGGGAUUUUCAGAAAGUACCAGUUUGCUUUAUUUCUAUGGACAAAACUGUCAGUCUGGUUAUCUAUGGCAAUUGCUUAGCGGGGUAACAAUUCAGACUGGACUAAAACCAUAAAAUGUUUGUUUGUGUGAAAUCCCGAUCUCAAACAAACUGCUUUAUCACAAGAAACGUUUUAAGUUUAUUUAAUUUUCAUUUAAGUUCUGCCAGCGCGGAUACGAAGUCAAAAACACACCACAAGUAGGAAAAUUUGUCUUGAAAAGAUUGGACAGUUUUUAUUACAUUUCCGCACGCUUAACUGAUCUCUCAAGCUCUAAAUUAAGGAAUCUCAGUGAAUCUGACAAAGUGGGUAACAAAUUAACGGCAAAGAAGCUGUGAAAGGUUUGAACCCAGGGGUCAUUUCAUAAGUAGGUUGAGUUUGAUCGUCUGGGUGAACGUAGUCCUGAACAGGACUUUUGUUGAUGUCAGUUACUGACGUUUCGACCACCUGUGCGGUAGUCAUCGUCAGAGUCAAUGUGAAAUGUAUCACGUCAUUUGAUGGUAUUAAACUCUGUUUAUUGACCUGAUUGGUCAAUUAAUUUGCCAUGUUAUUAGUCGUUCUCUCGUGGUUGGUUUUGCUUGAUUCCGUCAACCAGUCGUUUGUACGUUGCUGGUAACUGUUGUCUACGAUUCAGUGGCGAUUGUUCUAAGUUAGAAAACCAGCUUUCUGAAGUGAGUCGUUGACAUGUCGGAGAGUCCCAUUCGAUUUGAUAUUUCGCCUGUAAAUGGUGCUCAGCAAUGUGAUCGUUGACGUCACCAUUACUCGUCGUUCGUUUAUGUUCGGUCAGUCACGUGCCAAGGUUUCUGCCGGUUUCACCAAUGUAAGUAGCCUAGCAGUCGCAGCAUUUGAUCUUGUAUACUGCUCCCUGGAUGUCCUUCGGUUUGUCUUUGUCCUUGACAUUAGUUAGUAGACGUCGUAAAGUGGCUAUCGGUUUGUGUACAACACGUAUAUUUUAAGGUUGUAGUAUACGUGGCGAUGGUUUCAGAAGUGCCUCUGAGGUACGGUAUAGUCGCGAUCAUAGUCAACCUACUUAUGACAUUUACGAACGUUAAACUGGAAAAAAAAGCGUGAAGAAUAGUACAAACUUACGCCUUUCCGGUAGCUUAAGUCGGAGCGCAGUCGCCAAAAUGUAUGACGUAUACAUAAGGUGAUAGCGCGAAACAUCGGUCAUUUAUUUAUUUAUUCAUUUAUUUCAGCUGGAUCACCUUUAUUGACCUCGAAAGUGGAAUGGAAAAAUAUGAAGUGUGCCUGAGUUCUUUUGUUCAGAAUUGUUCAGUCACGUCCUUCAUUGAUGUUGGAAUAAACAGAAGUUAUACAAUUGAUGGAUUACAGCUUUUGCAUGGAAAAACCUACCACGCGAUUGUGAGAGGUAUUAACAGAAUUGGCAUGUACUCUGAAACGAAAACUGACGGGGUUUUGAUAGAUCUGACACCGCCAACGCUUAAAGGCAAGAACCAAGAGAUCUCCCCGGUCCGGUUCAGGUGCACCGAAGAACACUUAAUGUCCGGCUGGAAUGAAUUGGAGGACCUUGAGAGCGGAGUAGCGGAGUAUAAAUGGUGUGUCGGAACGGCAAAGACGUCAUGUGACGUGGUGCCUUUAAAAUCGGUUGGAAAGGAAACCAGAGGCGCCGCUAUUGUAAAUAGACUUCGUUCGGGGUUGACGAUUUUUUCCAUUGUGUAUGGUGUAAAUGGGGCAAAGCUUAAAAAACAAAUAAUAUCAGAACCUUGCACGGUAAUAACAGGAGCACCAAAACUAGUGGAAGUUAUCGAUACUUCAAAGUUAGAGACAAGCAAUUUCAAAGAUAUUGACUGGCAGGAUACCAUCCAAGGCCUGUCACUUAGCUGGAAUGUCGUAGGGAAAUACCUUCGUGAAGUUUCUCGCUUGCGCAUUCAAGUGGCUGUGACAACUUCAUCCUCUAACAUUUCUGUGCCACGACUAAUUGACACAAAAUCCUGGAAUGGUGAGCUUCUUAAACAGCCAUACAUGGAAGUACUACCUUGGUAUCAAAAUGUUACGAUACAAAGUAUUCCUUUUCAGCCUUGGAACCGCUACCGUGGUAUAGUCAAGGUUUGGAACGAGGGUGGUAUAUACUCUGAAGCUUCAAGCGAUGGAGUAAGAAUCGAGCCAAGUCCCCCACCUAAACGCAGUCUUAAAAUCCGUGACAAAGCUGCCAAAGUUGAGCAUUUACGCUGGUGGCCAAAUCUGAGACUUUCCCCUCUUAACCAGAGUGCAGCAUCUCUGAAUAUCACAUACAUGUCAUCUCCAGCGGACUUGGACCUUAUCGUUAGGAGUGGUGUGUCAAACAGGACGUCCAACAAAACUGAUAGUCUUUUUAGCCCAACGGCAGAAUAUAAAAUCGUUGUCAAGAGAGCUUCAAGUAGCGAAAAUAACACAAACACGACCGUCCAGUCCAGAACGAUGAAAGUUAUCCCUGGAUUCUCUGAUGCAGAAGGCCCGUGCUGCGCCAGAAGGUCUGUAAAGACACCCACCGUCUUCAGUGACACGCACUUGAAGCCAGCAUUACCAAGCGAAGACUUUGGAGUCUCCAUCGCUAAUUUACCAAAUGACUGGAUAGCCAUUGGAAGCAAAAAUAAGGUAGUCAUACAGUCACUUGGAACCAAAACUGCUUCUCAUUCUAUUCCACUGAAGAGCGGAUCAGAUCCUAAUGCAAGAGUUAAGAUAGCCUCAUAUGGAAACAGACUUAUUUUUCUUCUAAACGGCAAAGUCUACCUGUACGAACAUGCAAGUGACACUAUUGGAUUGAGAAAGGCAAUCGAGAUAGGAAGAUGUAGAAACUUAACAACGCCAGUGUGUUCAGAAAAUAAAGCAUGGACAAAUGCAGUAGGUGAGGUGUUUGCUGGCAACAAGGACAUUAUUGCAGUAGCCGGAACGAUGCCAAACUCAAAUAACAGCAUUGUGGCGGUCUUCCGGGCGAACAAUGGACCAUGGGGGUUUGUCCAAGUACUCGGUGAAGACAUGAAAGAUCCGCACUUUGGAAGAUCCAUAGCUCUAAAUAAACGGUUUAUAGCAAUAACUACAGGAGAUGGAAAGAAUAGCUGCGUUGCAAUUUACUCCACUACUACACUGCUUCUCCGCCAAAUCAUCUGUUUAGCUCCAUCGUUAAGCCACACGGGACCACUAGCGAUGUACCUCACCAAGACUAAUGCUCUCGUUGUCCUUUCAAGGUCGUUAAGGUUGCUGCACGUUUAUCAGUUGCAUUCCACUUCCAGCACCUACCAGGUGGUCUGUGAGUACCGUGCGUGGGGUUAUAAGGAGGACUUGAGUGGGCAUCUGGACGUAAACGCCAGAACGGAAGGCUUUAUUGUCGCUCUAGGUAUCCAAACUGGCGGUGGUGGAGAAGGAGUACAGCUUCUUGGUUUUCAAGGAAUAUACUCAAAAGAUUCCCACGGAAAAGUGCCUGAAGAAUGCAUUAACCUAGGGACGGUUCUUGCCCGAGACAGCGGAUUGAGAGUCGAUGGACUAAGAACUCCAACAACAGUUGCGUUCAAAGGAAAUGCCAUCCUGUUUGGAUUACCUGGCGUACUUACGUGGCCUAAGAUUGACAACGAAAUGACUGGGAUAAGCACAGGAAGAGUAUUUAUGGCAGCAUAUUGUCCCUUAAAUCACUUCCGCAGUAGAGUUUCUGGCCUGCACAGCGUACGUCCUGUAUCAUGCUUACCUUGCAAACAGGGCAGAAAAUCAUUUGGUGGCUUUAGUGAAACUUGCUCAGAGUGUCCCAAAACAACAUGCCCUUCAUCUAAUGACCCUUACGUACUAUUAACAACAGGUAUCUGCGAUAAUGAAUGCUACGUUACUUCAAAAAACGGACGCAAUACCACCCAUGGAGUCAAUCUUCACCUAGGAAAUGGAUCCUUCUUUAUUCCUGGACCCAACAAAGUCUACACUAUAGAGUUUCUUGAAACUACGCGAGCCAAUCAGUCCACAAGCUCUAUAUCGGAAUCAUUCGUUAUCGACUCUACGGCUCCUGAAACUGGAGUCGUAUAUGAUGGUCUUGGCAGCGAUCAGAACUUAAACUGUUCCGAGAACACAACAUUUGGGGAAAACAGCCAGUGUUCUACUCGAAAAUUUCAAGAGACAGAUAUUGAUUUCACCAGUAAUAAGCAUGAGAUUCACGCUAGAUGGAUUAACUUCCUGGACAACGAAAGUGGCAUUGUCGAUUAUUUCUGGUGUGUUGGGUCUCAGCCAAUGAGAGAUGACAUUCGAGUGUGCGAAAGCACGGGAAUUAGACCCAACGGAAGUCACUAUGGGUUUAAAUUAGAGCACGGUGAUUCUUAUUACGUCACAGUCGUAGCCUGCAAUGGAGCCCGCAAAUGCUCAGCUGCACAUAGUGACGGUGUUACUAUAGACGUCACACCUCCUGUCAUGAAGUAUGUAAGAGACGGGGUCAUGGGACCAGAUAUAGACUACCAGGUAAAACUAUAAUGCCACUCUGAUGCACCUCCCUUUUUUGUCUAAGCAUGUUCUACAACAGUUGAACACAGGUCUGAAGGUGAAUUUCUAGUUAGAACUAACAUUGCCGCAUAACUGGAAAAAUAGCAGUUCUGUGAGGAAAACGGUAAGAAAACUUUAGAGCUGUGAAUAAAAGAAGAAUUUGUGAACAUGAAAAUAUUUUAGACUCCGCCCAUAAUAACCGUUAUUUAUACCCAAACUACUAUUUUUUGUCAGGUUUUUGUCGAUAUCAUUUUUGCUUACUUUUUGGCAAAAGACCCAGAAAGUGGAGUGACGUCAUACGAGGUUGCCUGGGGCACUGGACCAAAUGUGACAGACAUAUCAGACUAUGAAGAAGUCAUCAAUACCACGGUAUGGCGCGCCAAGCUUAAUGAUGCUGUACUUGAGAUCGGAAAAAAGUACUAUGCCACCGUAAGAGCGACAAAUGGCGCUGGUUUACUCUCAGAAAAGUUAUCUUCCAAUGGAAUAGUAGUCGGGAAAACUGAAUUUACCUUCGAAAAUUCAUCAAAAGGAUCGUUCUUCUUUGAUACCGUAAAUGUCAAAGAUGAUGGCACGCGCAAGGACGAGGGUGUGGGGCAGACAUAUGGGACAAUGACCAUACCCGAGGGUGCUGUUAAGGAGAAAGUGAAGCUACGAUGCUACAGGUUGGACGACGAGGCAAUAAGCAAUAACAAGACUGAAGAGGGGCCUCUCAGUGAUCCAGCUAAGACGAAACCAAAGGUAUGUGGCAAAAAUUCAGUUGCAGUGGAAUAGUGGCGCUAAGGAAAGGACUCCGGCGCACUUGGUAAAUAAAAUCGCAUCACGCCUAGCUAUGCUAACAAAAGAAAAAAGCUUGCGGGCAAACAAAAUGAUGUGGUGAAACACGUAGUUUAUAAUCGUAAGGCAAUACUUCUGGUCCUUACAUCAGUUUCAAAUUAUUGUUCUUCUUUACAACAGCAAUUCUUGCUUGGAAACUACAGUUUCAUGAUCAAAGCACUGAAUCCACUGAAAAACACCGUUACAGAAGGAUAUCGAUUUGUUAAGCCGAUCAAGAUCAGCAUGUUCUAUGACGUUGCUAACCUGGUAAAAGCUAAUGGAAAGCACGUGAACAACGAUCUUACCAAGGAGGAUGUAGAUCCUGUUUUGUAUCUGUGGGAUCCAGAUAACCAAACCUGGUAACAUUUUACUUUUUUGUUUUCUUUUACUUCUUUAAUUUACGCUCUAAAUUGAUCCUGAAAAUCCCUCCGUACAGUUGAAAUUUCUCUUUUGGGGGCUUGAAAGUACCAAAGCCGCUAAGUCGUCUCUUAUAUCAAAAGUACUUUUUAUUUAUUUAAUGAUAUUGUUCGUUAACAUAAGAUACAUUUUAAGACACCCAUGCUAAGGACAGAAGGUAGACAGUUACUCAAAAAGCUUCAUCAACAGCAAGAGUGAAAAUUUUACUUUCGAACUAAGCUUUUAUCACAGUUGCUUGUGACUGUAAACAUGACUUUUCCUCAUAAUGACAAACCUUGUGGUCAGCGUCAUAAGGAUCGUGCUCCGAUAUUACUACAGAAUAAACUGAUUUUCUUCGCAGCCGUCACCAAAGUCUCGACCUCGUUUCAUUGUUGAGCUCACUGGAGGUCUAUAAGCUAUUUUUGUACGACAUAGCGGCUUGUAAGGAGUUGGGGGUGUAGGAGAAAAGGAUGCAGUUCACGGAAACAGCCACCAGUUGGCUCCUAUUAGGCAUUUCUUUCUAUUAUACAGUCAUAUGGCGUUUGAAAAGGCACGUUCCCACCUGGCCCAAAAUGUUCCCUUUUACUGACAUCGAAAAAACUUUUUAAAAAUGAAUGUGCAAGGUCGCCUUGUGCAAUCUUUAGUUUUGCUUUGCUACUUGUUUUUUUGACUGAUUGAAAAUUCCGCGGUUUUUCUCAACUAAUCAGAAGAAAAAUCAAAAUUUAUAAACUCGUCCCACGGUCUUUACCCUUCAAAUUUCCAAGGAAAAAGCCCUGGCCCGAGGUUUACAAAACCAUUCACCAUUUCCCACGCUUGGUGCUUGGCGUAGUUCAUAACUGAGAGAUAUAAUGAGUUGCUUGCUGGAGAUGUGAUGUUUUUGCCCAGAGCAAACACUUUGAUUAGCAGGUCAUGUGAGGCUCUUGUCCAUCUGACGCAAAUAAACACGUGACAACAGUCAGCCAGCCAUAACAGUGUCCUCCUAUAUUUCUAAAUAAUUUAAUCAAUUACCUUUUAAGGUUCGAUGCAGCCCUAACAUGUCCAGAACCUUGGAGUCACGUGAACCGAUCCAUUAAGCUGUUGGAAGUAAACGUCUGUCACUUAACUCAGUUUGCAUUCUUCUGGACCUUCGCUGCGCGGAACGGCUUGAUCCUGUUUGACAAGAAAAAUUUAAGUAGGUAUCUUGGCAAAAAGUCUCCUCACUACGUUAUUGAAGGUCUACUUAUGAGUAAUACUGUUUUUAUGAAAGCUCAUUAACAAGAGUAAUAGCGACUUCGCAAUAAUCAGAGAUCUUAGGGGUACACUCGUCGGCCUCAUCAAACAACUCUAAAUAUGCUGAGCGGUUAACUACGUUGACUCAUUUCCCAUUUUUCUAUUUGCUCAGUUCAACUUCAAAAUUUCUCUGUGUGUUUGUGUCUAAUUCAGCUCCUUUUUUCGUUAAAAAUUAGCAUCUGUAUUAGUUAAAUCGACAACAUAAUGUUUCAGUACAUAUGCUGUAUGUUAGUGAGUGAUAUAGGCAAAAAGUACCACAUAACAUGAUAGUUCAAGACCUACGUUUAAUUGAUUACGAUAUAUCUGGUCUUAUCACUUUACAAAGAGUAAUAUCAUUCUCGCCAAUCACAAAAAAAGUACGAUCUUAGGCAUGCUAAUAGGACUAAUAAGCGAGGUUAAGUGACAUUUUUGGCCAUUUUCAGUUUUUUCUUUAGAUGGGAACAUCAAAGUCACGCUGACGCAGAAGACGGGCAAGUUAGAACUACCAGUUCGCCGAUCCAAAGGUUCUCAGGGUGACAUCACAGUGCGUUGGUCCCUGUAUCACAAUGAUUCAACAGACAUCAGUGACCUUAUAUGGCCCUCAUCUGGAACACUGUCAAUGACUGAUGGUCAGUGGAGUGGUUCUUUAACUGUGAAUGUUGCCAAUAACAUCAAGAAACUGCCUGGGAACGUGAUAUGGGUUAAACUCGUCGACACAACAGGUGGGGCCUUGUUAGCCUCUAAGAAUGAAACAGCCACGAAGAUCGUUCUCGUUUCCACUUUGAGGGAAAAACGCGGCAAAUGGUUUAUUAUUACAUUCUUUGUUUCCGUGGGAUCCGUGGUUACUAUAGUUCUAUUUUAUUGGAGAACACAAGGACGAUAAUGUUUCGGGAGACCCGGGACCAAUUUGUGUUGUUUUGCUCACCUGAAAAAAUGGCAUCAAAUCUGGCUCAGAGUCUGAGCGGGAGUCAGAGUGCGGUUUGCAAAACAGCGCAAACCCCAGUGAAUCCAUGAACCAAGCAGCUUGAUAAAAAUCUCUCUUUUUUAGCUCUAUAAGGCAAUUUUCAUGCUAGGCUACUGAUUUAGAAAUCGCUUUAUGUGCUCUCUUUAAUUGAUUUUCUGUUACAAACAGCCUUUGAAAUGAUUAAUUAAAAUUAUAAUAUAGGCUAAGUUCUUGACGUAAACAUUUCUUUGGUCCUUCUCCGGCUACGUCGCCCACAAACACGGUAAGGAUUAGAGAUCAAAUACUGGCAAAUUUUUAGUAGUAACUGUUACGCGGAACUUUUUCAGUUUUGUAGUAAACGUUACAAAUUGUUUAUUGUUAAGGGAACAACCUCAAUUGCGGUCACUUUUCCGCUUUCCCGUUUUCCGGUAGCUCUUAGUAGAAUAUCUUUCUUGUUCCAUUUGUUUGUAUGCACGUAAUUUUCAUUAGCAUAACUAACAGGGUUUGACAGCUUCAUUGAAGGCGAUCAGGGAAUUUGAAAGCGGUCAAAGAGGAACUACUAAGAUAUUUCAAAGUUGAUUCUAAUUUGAUUUUUUAUACGGUUAUCGUUAUUAAUUAAAAAUCAAGUUGUUAGAAGUUAGCGACCUUAAAAUUGACCUACACCCAUUACAAGAACGUUUUUGAGAAGAAACCUAUGAUGAUAUUGUUGAACUCGUUCUGAGUAAAAUGUUUAUUAAGACAUUGGAGUUAGCUGCUCUCACAAAUAAUGUAUUUCAGAGGCUAUAUGGUAAAAAAAGCAUCAGUUACAUGACAACUUAGAAUUUCAUGGUGAUUUACAUGACAACUGGAAAUGAGUUAAGAGUGGAAUUAACGAAAUAUCUAGCUAUGCAGGCAAAAAAACAUCACUUUUCUAUCUGCAUGAUUUAUUACUACACAGCAUUUUGUCAGAUUUUUUAUACAUAGUUAAAUCAGUCUGUUGUCAUAAUAUGCUUGUUGAUCAAUAAAAUCUUGAAAAAGACUU